AUGUCGGAGCCCUCUGGGCCAUCCAAAGUUGUCUACGAGACGAUUUACUCGAAAAGACUCCGUGAACGGAUUAAAAACACCAAACCGCCGGUAAAAGUGGCAAAUGUGACGCGAAAUCGAUCAACUCCAACCACCCCCAAGACGCCGAACACAAACAGGCUACAACAUCCUUACAAAACUGUGAGUACCCAAGGGAGAAUCACUAACCUAACUAAUCUGGGGUCAGCUGACACAAUCAGAAGGGAAUCCACGCAAAAAAAUUUUUCUGAAAAAAGUAAGGAGAAAGAUGAUAGACAAAUGGUGACAAAUCAACUGAUUCUCGAAACAGCAAAGACCGCCGCUGCAGAAAGCAGUGCGGGGAGCACUCACACAACAUUCGACGAACCUCACAACUCAAAGCCCAAUAACAAUCGUGCAAGAAAAAGCUUGGAGAAAGCUGAAGAAAGUAAGGAGAACGCUAGUAACGCAAGCCCUCACACAGCGACGGACCGAAAAAGUUCGGAGAAAACAGUUAAGACCAAUCGCAACACAGACUGGGAAAGUAAGCAGAACGCUCUAAGCGCAAAUUUAGAUGCGGUGACUGACCGAAAAAGUUCGGAGAAAGCGGACGAGACAGACCUCAACGCAGAAUUAGAAACUUCGGAGAACACCGAAAGUAAGGAGAAAACCUUCUCAGGCGGAUACAGUGAUAGCACCGAGGAACAGGAAAGUGCUGAGAGCUCGGAUAGUAUCAAUUCGAGUGAAUCUUCGCACAGUAGCCUCGAAAAAAGCGACAUAAUAAGAGCUGACGAAAGCUUGGAGAAGUUAAUUAAUGACCUGGAGGGAACAAAUGAGGACUCCAAUAGUUCUAAAAAUUUAAACGGGACCGUUUUAGAAAUGGAUCUUGAUGAAUCGAAUGAAGAAUCACCAAAAAUCAAAAAAAAUAAACCAACUUUUUCGGAAAAAAAAAAGUAUGGAGAAAAAUUUAAAGAAUUUGAAUCGGCCUAUAAAACAUUAGAAAUGCCAAAGCAUGUUACUGCCAGAUUUCUGGACUGCGGUCAGGACCCCCUAUUAUCAGAUGGUAGCACGAUUACCCCCGGAGCCACCCCACCAAGCGGAAAUGAAAACCGCCCCCAGUAUCUGAAUCCAGGACCACAACAAAAAUUCAACAAAGAUUACAGUAACAUCGUCGAGGAUAAAGUCCGUUUGGAAGUGUUCGAAGAGAACUUCAAGAUCAUCGAAGAGCACAACGCCAGAUAUCGUGCAGGUCUUGAAACCUACUACAUGGGAAUCAACCAGUUCGCUGAUUUGACCUCAGAAGAGUUUAGCGAGAAGCUUAAGCUUCAAAUCAGGACUGGUGCUAUUGAAGGCCAGUACGCCAUCCGUAAAAACCAGAAAAUAGCUCUCAGUGAACAACAAUUGUUGGAUUGUUCGGUUUCUUACGGAACCGGUAAUUGUCAAGAAGGCGGUGCUAUGGUUUUGGCAUUCAAGUACGUCAAAGAUCACGGACUUCAAACAGAAUCUGCAUAUCCCUAUAAAGCUAGACAAGGUACAUGCUUGAACCAAUCUGGUCCGUACAAAGUAAGAGGGUACUCAACGAUUGCUGCCAACGAGAACGCUUUAAAGAAUGCUGUGGGUACAGUGGGUCCAAUCUCUGUAGCCAUCUACGCUGACCCCAUACAAUUUUACAAAGGUGGUAUCUUCCAAAGCAGCACCUGCUAUAACGACAAAGAACAUUUGGACCAUGGUGUACUAGCCGUGGGGUACGGGACCGCCCCAUCAGACUACUGGAUUAUCAAAAACUCAUGGGGUGUCACCUGGGGGGAACAGGGAUACUUCAGAUUGGCCAGAAAUGGCAACCAAUGUGGCAUCGCUCUUGAUGCCUCUUAUCCUACUUUGUAAUUUUAUAUAUUUUGUACUGGGUAUCCAAAUAAGCAAGGACGCCGGCUGACUGCGACUGUAUCUCAAAAACUAUGCGUCGCAGAAUUUUGGGACACAACAUUUUCAUGAUAAGGAUGAUUAAGAGAAAUCGUUGAAAAUUAUGUUGAAAAUUCUAACUUCGCCGCUAGAUGACGUGAUGCAUAUGAAAAAUGGGAAACUUAUAAAUAAGUGGGUAGGCAAAUUUGACUAAAAUUUCGGACGGAUCACGACUUUCAUAUUUUCCAUCUAACUUAAUUUGACAUGUUUUAUCAAUAAACCAGUACGAUAAACAGUUCCUUAGAUAUUAACAGCGUCCUUCCAUAUUUAGACAUCCAAUAUGCAUCUACAAUACUUAGAUUAAACAUUUUUUAAGUAUGGG